AUGUUAUCUCUUUCCUUAUUUUAUAUCUUGUUAUUGACCAAACAUCAUCCGACCAAACGUCUAUCCACCUCUGAAAAAAAUCACAUCCAAUCUGACAGCCAGUUGCGUUCAAAACUUCGUGAUCUAUUCCCUCUCUUGGUGGUUGAACAAUUCUUUAUUCUUUUUUAUUUAUUUCUUCCUUGCUUUUCUUUCUUUCUUUCUUUUUUUCUUUCUUUCUUUCUUUCUUUUUCUUCUCAAUUCUUUGUGCCGCCUUCUCUUUGUUUCGUUUCCUCUUCAUUUCUUCAUCUCUUCCUUUCUCAAUUCCUUAUUCUUUUUUUUUCCUUCCUUCAUUCCUUCCUUCCUUUUUUUCUUUGUUUGUUUGUUUGUUUCUUUCUUUCUUUCUUUGUUUCUUUGUUUCUUUCUUUCUUUCUUUCUUCUCAAUUCUUUGUGUCGCCUUCUCUUCGUUCCGUUUCUUCUUCAUUUCUUCAUCUCUUCCUUUCUCAAUACCUUAUUCUUCCUUCCUUCCUUCCUUCCUUUUUUCUUUCUUUCUUCCUUGCUUUUCUUCCUUUCUUCUUCUCAAUUCUUGUGCCGUCUUCUCUUUGUUUCGUUUCCUCUUCUUUUCUCAAUUCCUUUCUUUCUUUCUUUCUUUCGUUUUUUCUUUCUUUCUUGUUUGCUUUUCAUUUUUUUAAUUCUUUCUUUCUUUCUUUCUUCUCAAUUCUUUGUGCCGUUUUUUCUUCGUUUCGUUUCGUCUUCAUUUCUUCAUCUCUUCCUUUCUCAAUUCCUUAUUCUUCCAUCUUUCCUUCCUUCCUUCCUUGCUUGCUUUUCUUUCUUUCUUUCUUUCUUCUCAAUUCUUUGUGCCGCCUUCUCUUCGUUUCGUUUCCUUUUCAUUUCUUCAUCUCUUCCUUUCUCAAUUCCUUAUUCUUUUUUCCUUCCUUCCUUCCUUCCUUCCUUCCUUCCUUCCUUCCUUCCUUCCUUCCUUUAUUGCUUUCUUUCUUUCUUUAUUCUCAAUUCUUUGUGCCGCCUUCUCUUUGUUUCGUUUUCUCUUCAUUUCUUCAUCUCUUCCUUUCUCAAAUCCUUAUUCUUUUUUCUUUCUUUCUUUCUUUCUUUCUUGAUUGCUUUUUUCUUUCUUUCUUUCUUUCUUUCUUUCUUUCUUGCAUGAUUGCUUUUUUUUCUUUCUUUCUUUCUUUUCAAUUCUUUGUGCCGCCUUCUCUUCGUUUCGUUUCCUUUUCAUUUCUUCAUCUCUACCUUUCUCAAUUCCUUAUUCUUCUUUCCUUCUAUCUUUUCUUUCUUUCUUUCUUUCUUUCUUUCUUUCUUUCUUCAAUUCAUUUCAUACUCUAUUUCUUCAUUACCUUCUUUUUCAUUUUGUUUGCUGGAAGCCUUCCAUCUUUUAUUUGUCCGACUUUUCUUUCUUUUUUUCUCUCGUUCCCUGCCCCCUUUCGUUCCUUUGACGAUGAAUUCUCAUUAGAACAAAAUGGCUCCGAUGUUUCCAAUAGAAACGACGUUCCCGUUCCACUCGACUCGGUUUUCCUUCCCCCCUCUUCUGAUCUAUCUAUCUAUCUAUCUAUCUAUCUAUGGUCAUAUCUACUUCUCAGUCCGUCUGUCUAUCUAUCUAUCUAUCUAUCUAUCUAUCUAUCUAUCUAUCUAUCUUCACAUCCUUGUUAA